AUGAAAGCUGAUUAUGAAGAGCACAAUGCUAUUCUGAUCGCUUGUUGCAUGAUGCAGAUCAAGGCCAAGUUUAAGACUGACAAAGGUCUGAACUUCAUUCAACAGUAUUACAUCAAUCAAGGACUGAAGAAGUUUGGUGAUGAUGGAAAGGAUACUGUGGAUAAGGAAUUGAGACAAAUGCUCCUGAGAGAUUGCUUCACUCCCAAAUUUGUGAAAGACAUGACAGCUUCUGAGCAAAAGAAAUCAGCAAUGAUGUUACAAGCAAUUUGA